CCUUGUCACGUGUUCCAUUAUGAAAAAUGGCCGACGGAGUAAGUGAAACAAACACAGCUGCUGAGGAAAGCGACGCCAAAGAAGAGGACCCCAAAGUUUUGGAAGUUCUUCCAGACAGCCACCCUGUUGGCGUUAGCAGCGAUGAACAGACUUCAAAAGACAAACCGGCGACCGAGAGCAACUGGUCAACACCGAUCCUGUCGCUGGCACGGAAGGCAACCGAGACGAUCAGCAGUGGGGUCAGCUACGGUGCAGCGUUGAGAAACGCCACAUCUUCGGGAUCUGCCGCGAGCUCUCUGAAGUGUCCGACUAAACAAAACUCUACGGAGAAUGACACCAACGCUAACCAAUACCUACCGGCAGUGAAGGACCAUAUGGCUGUGGAGCGCUCCAACCUGUUCAGUAUGAUGAAGCUGAGUAUUAAGGGUCUGAUCCAGUCUUCUCUAAGUCUGGGCAGAACCCUGGACUCUGACUACCCUCCUCUGCAGCAGUUCUUUGUGGUUCUGGAGCAGUGCCUCAAACACGGACUGAAAGUAAAGAAGUCAUUCAUCAAUCAGAAUAAGUCUAUCUGGGGUCCUCUGGAGCUGGUUCAGAAGCUGUGUCCUGAUUCUACUGAUAUUACCACCAGUGCCAGAGACCUGCCAGGGAUAAAGACUGGGUUGGGUCGGGCUCGGGCCUGGCUGCAUCUGGCCCUGAUGCAGAAGAAGUUGUCUGACUACCUGAAAGCCCUGCUGGACCAUAAAUACCUCCUGGUUGAGUUCUAUGAUCCAGGAGCAUUGAUGAUGGGGGAGGAGGGAACAGUGAUAGGAGGGAUGCUGGUGGGGCUAAACGUCAUUGAUGCUAACCUCUGUAUCAAAGGAGAGGACCUGGACUCCCAGGUCGGGGUCAUAGACUUCUCCUUGUACCUGAAGGACCCUAUGACCACUGAGACCACUAAGGAUGAUACUAAGAUGACGGCCAUAUUGGACCAGAAACACUACAUUGAGGAGCUGAACAGACACCUGAGCUGCUCUGUCUCUGACCUGCAGGCCAAGAUGGACUCCAUAGAGAAGACCAACGGCAAGCUCAUUGAGGAGUUGACAGCAGCGACAGACAGAAUUAACUCUUUACGGGAGGAACAGGAAACACUGAGACAUGAGAAUGAGACCAUCGUCCAGAGCAACCAGAAGAAAGAGGAGGUGACCCUGGAGGACAGUGCAGUAGAGCUGGAGACAUACAGACAGACACGACAGGGCCUGGAUGAGAUGUACAGUGUGGUCUGGAAACAGUACCAGGAGGAGAAACGCAUCAGACAGGAGUUGGAGAGGGAGCUGGAGCUGCAGAUAGGACUAAAGCAGGAGAUGGAGAUGGCCAUGAGGCUGCUGGAGAAAGACACACAUGAGAAACAGGACACACUGCAAGCCCUCCGACAACAACUGGACCAGGUCAAAACCCUCAACCUGCAGAUGUUCCAUAAGACACAGGACUGUGAGCGUGAGGCCCAGAGGAAGCAGGAGGAAGAGGGACAGCUGGAGGAGAAGAUAAACCAGAUGAAGACUACCAUUAAGGAGAUGGAGCAGAGCCCAUGUAUUUUCAGACUGCAGAACUCUGAGCGUGAUCGCAGACAAAGUGACCAGAUGGACAUGAGGACAGAGCUGGAGGGCAGGGUAGACUCCCUACAGAAACAACUGUCUGACCUGGACACACUGAGGCUGAGUCUGGAGAGUGAUUUGUGCAGUGAGAAGAAGCAGAGACAGGCCAUUCAGAGAGCUCUACAGAGAGAACAGGACAACAGCACCGAGCUACGCACCCAACUACAGCAGAUACAGGGGCUACACACGGAGCUGCAGGAUGUUCGUGAGGAGAAGCAGCAGCUCCAGCAGACCUGUCAGGAGCAGGAGACGGCCUUACAGGAGAUGGGCCUACACCUCAGCCAGUCUAAACUGAAGAUGGAGGACUUCAAAGAGGUCAACAAAGCCCUGAAGGGCCAAGCCUGGCUGAAAGAUGAUGAGGCUACACAGUGUAAACAAUGCCAGAAGGAGUUCUCCAUCGCUCGCAGAAAGCACCACUGUAGGAACUGUGGAGAUAUCUACUGUAACAGUUGUUCUACUAACGAGUUGGCCCUGCCCUCCUACCCUCGACCUGUACGAGUCUGUGACAUCUGCCACUCACUACUGCUGCAGAGGAGCAUCUCUUCCUCCUGACGGAACACACACACACCUCUUCUUCCUCCUGACGGAACACACACACACUCCUCCUGAUGGAACACACACACACACACUCCUCCUGAUGGAACACACACGCCUCUU